AUGCCUUCUUUCGCCUCCAAGACUCUCCUUUCCACCCUGGCGGGUGCCGCAUCCGUGGCCGCCCACGGGCACGUGUCGAACAUCGUCAUCAACGGGGUCUCGUACCAGGGUUACGAUCCGACCUCCUUCCCUUACAUGCAGAACCCGCCCAUCGUGGUCGGCUGGACUGCCGCCGACACGGACAACGGCUUUGUUGCCCCGGAUGCCUUCGCCAGUGGCGAUAUCAUCUGCCACAAGAACGCCACCAACGCCAAGGGCCACGCCGUGGUCGCCGCGGGAGACAAGAUCUUCAUCCAGUGGAACACAUGGCCCGAGUCCCACCACGGCCCCGUCAUCGACUACCUCGCGAGCUGCGGCAGCGCGUCCUGCGAGACCGUCGACAAGACCAAGCUCGAGUUCUUCAAGAUCGACGAGGUCGGCCUGGUCGACGGCAGCUCGGCGCCCGGUGUGUGGGGCUCCGACCAGCUCAUCGCCAACAACAACUCGUGGCUCGUCGAGAUCCCGCCCACCAUCGCGCCGGGCAACUACGUCCUGCGCCACGAGAUCAUCGCGCUGCACAGCGCCGAAAACGCCGACGGCGCCCAGAACUACCCGCAGUGCUUCAACCUGCAGAUCACCGGCACCGGCACCGCCACCCCCUCCGGCGUCCCCGGCACCUCGCUCUACACCCCGACCGACCCGGGCAUCCUCGUCAACAUCUACAGCGCCCCGAUCACCUACACCGUCCCGGGGCCGGCCCUCAUCUCCGGCGCCGUCAGCAUCGCCCAGUCCUCCUCCGCCAUCACCGCCUCCGGCACCGCCCUGACCGGCUCUGCCACCGCACCCGCCGCCGCCGCUGCUACCACAACUUCCACCACCAACGCCGCGGCUGCUGCUACCUCUGCUGCUGCUGCUGCUGGUACUUCCACAACCACCACCAGCGCCGCGGCCGUGGUCCAGACCUCCUCCUCCUCCUCCUCCGCCCCGUCCUCUGCCGCCGCCGCCGCCACCACCACCGCGGCUGCCAGCGCCCGCCCGACCGGCUGCUCCUCUGGCCGCUCCAGGAAGCAGCCGCGCCGCCACGCGCGGGAUAUGGUGGUUGCGCGAGGGGCUGAGGAGGCAAACUGA